UUCCUCUUCUCCCCCACACAAGCAUCUGCAAUCCCCCAAUCCAACUACCCGCGAAACAUCUCUCUUCUCCGAUCCGAAGCCGCAGCCGCGUCCAUGGCCCCCAAGGCGGAGAAGAAGCCGGCGGCGAAGAAGCCCGUGGAGGAGGAGCCCGCGGCGGAGAAGGCCGAGAAGGCGCCCGCCGGGAAGAAGCCCAAGGCGGAGAAGCGGCUGCCGGCGGGGAAGACGGCGGCGGCUAAGGAGGGAGGCGAGGGGAAGAAGGGCAAGAAGAAGGCAAAGAAGUCCGUGGAGACGUACAAGAUCUACAUCUUCAAGGUGCUCAAGCAGGUCCACCCCGACAUCGGCAUCUCCUCCAAGGCCAUGUCCAUCAUGAACUCCUUCAUCAACGACAUCUUCGAGAAACUCGCUGGGGAGUCGGCCAAGCUCGCCCGCUACAACAAGAAGCCCACCAUCACCUCCAGGGAGAUCCAGACUUCGGUUCGCCUCGUCCUCCCCGGCGAGCUCGCCAAGCACGCCGUCUCUGAAGGCACCAAGGCCGUCACAAAGUUCACCUCUUCUUAGAUUACUUCGUCUGGUUGGUUGUAGAUUUCUCGUGUUAAUUGCCUUGGGAGUAGUAGUGGUUAGCAGUACUCGAAGGGGAUUGUUGGAUGAUGUUAUGUACUCCAGUUGUGUACGUAAGAAGAACCAUGCUACUGCUAUUAGAUAUUGUUUCCUCAUGGAUCUGAUAGUACUGUUAGUAUUCAACUCGAUGGCUUAUGCUAUUCUAGAUGAUUCCUGGUUCAUUUUUCUUGUCUUGUUAUUUGUGUUUCUCUGCUUUGUCUUGUGUAUGUCCAUGAUGUAUUGCUCUA